GGAGCUCAGGGGCGUAAAUAACUCCAGAAGAUGGCGGUAAUGCAGCAAUAAGGAUAAUAACCACGGGCUGAAGAAGAAGAGGACACGCCGCCGCUGCUGCCUGCAUCAUCCGCCGAGCGAGCGAGCCAGGCAGGCAGCGACCGACCAGCAGGAGGAGGAGAAGCCCCGGAGGAAGGAAGCAAAACAAAAAUGGCGUUCACAUUCGCGGCCUUUUGUUACAUGCUCGCUCUGCUGCUCACGGCGGCGCUUAUCUUCUUCGCGAUCUGGCAUAUAAUAGCAUUUGAUGAGCUGAAGACUGAUUACAAGAAUCCUAUAGAUCAGUGUAACACUUUAAAUCCGCUCGUCCUCCCAGAGUAUCUCAUCCACUUCUUCUUCUGCGUGAUGUUCUGCUGCGCGGCCGAGUGGCUCACCCUCUGUCUUAACCUGCCGCUGCUGGCUUAUCACGUCUGGAGGUAUAUGAGCAGACCUGUGAUGAGCUGUCCAGGACUCUACGACCCGACGACCAUCAUGAACGCCGACAUCCUGGCGUUCUGUCAAAAAGAAGGCUGGUGCAAACUGGCUUUCUACCUCCUGUCCUUCUUCUACUAUCUCUACGGGAUGAUUUAUGUUCUGGUGAGCUCUUAAACCGGACGAUGAAGAAAGAAGAGAGGAGGGAGAAAAGAAAAAAGGACCUGCAUGUACAGUAGACGACCAGACACUAUGAUCUUUAGUGCUGGAACACUGGACCUGCCGGAGAGACAGACCACCGUUCAGCAAAACACCAAGACGCCAUUUCAAGCGGACGAACUCUCGACUACACACACACACACACACACACACACACAUACACAGCGCAGAGUGUAAUAAAAACAAAACAUUUAGCCUGUUUUAGGAGAAAAUCUGGGUCGCAGCGUUCGUCUCAUAGCAGCACUAUAGUUUAAAUUUUAUGGAAAAUAAGGACACACAUGAACGGACAAGUUUUUUUUUUUUAAGGUGUGGUGAUUUUUGAUGCUUGGGAUUUAAAUAAAGUGUUUUUUUUUUUUGUUUUCCCAACUUUUGAGUGUUUACACAGUAGGUAGACAUUUCCAGGUGUGAAUCUGAAGCUUUGUUUUUUUUUUUCUGUGAAUUAGAUUCUGGGCUUAAACAGCUGAUUUCUACCUGCCAUGUGAUUCAUUAUCAACACUAAAACUUAGAAGUGCAAACUAGACUGCGGUCUUUAUGGAAAUGAACAUUCUGGGACGUUGGAGGUGCUGAAGUGCACGGGUCAUCAUCACUUAGUGAAAUGUGGAGACAGUCGGCCUCGAUUGUCGCGUCGGUUUUCAAACUAUCUCGUGUCGUUUCCAUCCUUCGAACCUAUUUAUCCUCACGUUUUAAAUCACCGUGUAAUCCCUGUGGAAGUCAAUGGCGAUAUUUGUUUUGUGUGAAUCCAGACUAGACGAAACGUGUACAUGCCCCUGUGUUUCUGUAGAAAUGCCCCCCGCAGCUAUCCAUAGAUUAAAAAAAAAAAAAAGGUAGACUCAACAG